AUGUCGCAUCCCUUUAGACAAGAGGAUAGCUCAUCUGAGCUACCAGCAGAACCUCCUGGACUCAAGACCUGGCAGACGGUUCAUGUGCGCAACACGUUUAUAGAGGUGGAUGAGAGCACGGAGGCCCGUGCUGAUCCAGCCGUUCCUAGUUUAAGCAGCGGAAGCACGCUCGGGCGCACUUGGCGCCGGGGUCACUUGAGAUGUGCUUCUGAGCCGAUGUCAUCAGUUUUUGCUAGAUCUCCUUGGGAACCAAUGAGUCUUGCGACGUCACCUCUUGACGCACUGCCAAGCGCAGCGUUAGAGCCGGAUUCUCUCGGCACCAUGUUAGACCAAUCCAGCGGACAUGGACCUGCAAACCCUGAGCGAGGUCGAGUUAGCACAAGCCUGGGUGCCACAUUGAUGCGCUCGCCUCGUGCGCACUCGUAUGUCUCACCCAUACGAGAGACAGAUGAGUAUGAGGCCUUGCGGCAGUUUCAUUUUCCGAAGUAUAUAGACAUCAACCCAGACUUCAUGGGUCAAAGGCCUUGGCGUGGAGAGCCAAUGAUGGUGGAUGUCCUCCCAAGCACCAAUCUCGACUCUCAAGAGCGGAAGGAGGCAUACCAUGCUCGUCACACACUUGCUGUUCCAGUGCGCAGCUUCCGUCAUGCCAGGCAGCGCUCACGAACGAUUCAAGAAGAUAAAGAGCUUGUCGAUACCCAAACCCUGCAUGGGCUUGUUGAAGAUGUGCAGCCUCAUUUGGCAUCGCAAUCUUCCUGGGAUAAUUUCGGAAAUGUCAACUUUCGCGUCAGAAACACCUUCAUUGAAGUGGAUGAGACAGGGUCUGAGGGUUGCGCAGACCUCCUCAGCCCGCCUCGAUGGCGGCCGAGCCAUUUGCGCUGCGCAUCGGAGCCAGUUCAGUCUUUUGAAGGCUUGCAGAACAGCCUGCAUAGCGGCCAUAGCGGCUUCCACUCCAGAACAAGCAGCUAUCAAGCUGACGAACCCUCUCUGGAGCACAUUGCUGAGGUUCUUCAGCAAGCACAGAAAGCACAGGCAUUGCCGGAAGAGCCCCAAGAGGCUCCACCAGGCUUGACUCCGGGCCUAGGCUUACGCGGUCAAGAAGCUUCUCAAGCCGAGAGGGCCGAGAGAGACAGGGAGCAGUGGCGAUGGACAGACCGGACUUGGCUUGAGACAUCGCAGCCCGAACCCUCACAGAGAGAGGGUACCUCUACUCCUGUGACGGUGAAGACCUUGCAGUGCAAGUGGCAUGUCCGCGGCACAUGCAAAUAUGGAGCAGCCUGCCGUUUUUCACACGAUUUGCCACGAACUGCACAGAAGAAGCCUGCUUCUUCUCCCAGCAAUGAGUGUCUUCAGAGAUGCACCACAAGCAGCGGGCCUCUCCCGGCAGGUCUUGUCCCAGGUCCACUGCCCGUUGGCCCUAACGGUUCCAAGGUGCCGCAGACACCUGGACCUGUUCCGAGGUCGCGUCAUGAGAACACGACGAGCAGAUGCCGCAGUGCCAGUCCCGUCAGCACAACAGCCGGCAGCAGUGCCGGCGACGAGCCUGGUGCAGCGUGCCAGAGGCAUUCCAGCCAGCAAGAAAAGCCGCACCAGGUCUUUUGGUGUGAUGCGCGAGCAUUCAAGCAAGAGUUUCAGGGGUUGAGGGAUCAGCUCGAAGAGUCCAUCGGCAUGGCAGCGAAGUCGCACAAAACAGCCGAGAAGUGCAUGCGGCUGCUGAAGAAAAAGCAAAGGGUUCGGGCAGAGCGCGGUCGAAGUGUGCAGAAGGCCAGACCUUUGGUGUUCCUUGUGUCUUGGGCAAAUGCACAGGAGCUGGUUGGCUUCCUUCAAGAGGCAACCCACAUGCCGCCACUGAAGGUAGUGGUUCUUUGCGACACAAACGGUGCCCGUACAAGAGCUGCAGCCGAGAGGUGGUCGAAGGACAUCCCCGUGGUUGAGCAUGUGGCUGCAACAUGGCCUGAGGCCAUCCAAGUGGUUUCGGGCUUGCUGUCGAAGUCAAUCACUUCGACCUGA